UAAUACAAUGCACAAUAACAUUUUUUUCAAGAUGGCAGCCUCCUAUGGCUAUGAAAAAGUAAACACAGGACCGGCUAACAUGUUAUACUUUACUAUAACAAUUGCAUUCCUUGUAGUAUUUCAACCCAAGGACGUGUCUUCAAAUCAGGAAAAGGUAGAAGAAUUUUUUAAAAGUGAUCACACUAACAAUUGGGCAGUUUUGGUGGAUACCUCAAGAUUCUGGUUUAACUACAGACAUGUAGCUAAUGUACUAUCAAUUUAUCGCAGUGUGAAACGUUUAGGAAUUCCUGAUAGUCAAAUUAUUUUGAUGGUUGCAGAUGAUAUGGCAUGUAAUCCCAGAAAUCCACGUCCAGCUACCGUGUUCAACAAUGCCAACCAACAUAUCAAUGUCUAUGGAGAUGAUGUGGAGGUGGACUAUAGAGGAUAUGAGGUUACUGUGGAAAAUUUUAUUCGUGUUUUAACCGGUAGACUUCCUCCCAGCACACCAAGAUCAAAACGUCUGUUGUCUGAUGAACGCAGUAAUAUAUUAGUCUAUAUGACUGGUCAUGGUGGAGAUGGUUUCCUUAAAUUUCAAGAUGCUGAAGAAGUUUCUAGUGUUGAACUUGCUGAUGCUUUUGAACAAAUGUGGCAGAAACAAAGAUACCACGAACUAUUUUUCAUGAUCGACACUUGUCAAGCAGAGUCUAUGUUUCAAAAGUUUUACUCACCUAAUAUAUUGGCUGUAGCCAGCAGUCGAGUUGGGGAGGACUCACUUUCACAUCAUGUUGACCCAGCAUUAGGAGUUUAUGUUAUUGAUCGCUACACUUAUUAUGCCCUUGAGUUUUUGGAAACCGUCAAGCCUGGCUCUAAACAAACAAUGUCUAGAUUUUUAAAAGUUUGCCCUAAAGAUAAAUGUAUUAGUACAGUAAGUACAAGGACUGACCUAUUCAGGAGAAAUACAACAGACACAUUACUGACUGACUUCUUUGGUGGUGUGCGCAAUGUUGAGCUGCUUACAGAAACUAUUUCUUUAAAGAAGAAAGAGACUAAUGUAAAGCAAGAGACUUGCAGUCAAGAUUCCUGUCAGAAGUUGGAUGCGAACAAGAAGAAAUUUACAUUCCCUGAUCAGUUUCCAAAAAUAUAUUUUUAAUCAGUGCAUAUCUUAAGUGAAAUAGACUUUGGAUGAUUGAGUGAAUGAGCUAUAAAGUGGAAAGAGUUGAUUGGAUAUGAGUUUGAAUUUUGAUAGCAUAAAUGUUACAUUUGUCACUUGCCUAAAAAGGAAGGGGGGGGGAAGAAAGGGAUAUCUGGGUGAAUUUUAUUGUAAUCACUUUUUAAAAGCAUAUAUAACACAAAAAAGGAGGGGGGAUGACCUGAAUUCAAACUCAUGGCGCAAGCCUCCUCAAGCUGACAUUUUAACCACUCUGCUGGUGAGGUGCUUAUGAAAAUAGUAGAUUGUUUCAAACUUAUUUUAAAGCAAUGACUUAUAAAAGGGACUAAUUCAGCUUGUACCACCACCAAGUACAAUUUCUUUCCAUUGUUCAAAAUACCAAACAGAAUAAUUCAUUACCAAUAGUUAAUUAACUAAUUGGUUAAUUUUUUUUUUAUUAAAUUAAUUGUUGUCAGGUAAAAAAAAUAAUUGUGCAAAUUUUCAGGUUGUUCCGAUAUAGGGUGUCAGAGAAAUAACACAUACACCCUUUUUACCAGACAGAGUGAGUUGAUAUAAGCUUUGUAAUAAUUUAAUUUUUCUCUGCUUUGUUACAUGACAAACGUGACAUGUAGAUCACUUGUAUUGUCAACAGCAUGUAAAGUUGUCCCUCAAAAUAUGAUAGCAUUUUUAAUUAUAUUUGUUCAACUAAAUAUUUGUCUAUCACACUUAAUAUUCUUAAAGAAUGAAGCAAAUGUGUAAUGAUAAAUUUUGUUUGUGUUUGGUAUGCUUCAACUAGAAGGUAACUUGAUGGUGGAGUUGUUUAUCUAUGUGUGACAGGCUUUAUCUUCAACUAGAAGGUAAUUUGAUGGUUCAGUAGUUUAUCUGUGUACGACAAUCUUUAUCUCAUUGUUUUUACAUUGAUGUAAUAAGCCUUUGAAUUUUAUUUUAUUCAAAUGUUUUGUUUUAAUUGAGAAUUUAUUAAGUUAUUUAAAUAAAUUUAAGUUAUCUAAAUAACCUUUGUCAGGCUAUUUGAAAUAUUACACUAAAAAACCAUUAGCAUUGGUUUAUAUAUUUUUUAUUAGAUAAUUUUAUUAUAACAUAAUCACAGUUAACUUGUUCAACUUAUAAAAAAAAAAUCAACAUUAAAUAGGUUUAAGUUUUGAAAGAAACACAGCAAAGAAUUCCAUUGAUAUAUUGUUAUCUACACAAUAUGAUACUAGCACCAACAGAUAUAUAUUUUAUAGGUAGUUUCAAAUAUGUGAAAGACAGCAACAUUAUGGACACAAUUUCUAAAUAUUAAAAAUUUUAUUUUACAUUAUUUUAAGAUCAAAGUAUGUUUGUUAAGAAAUGAGUAAUAUUUUUAACAUGCAAUAAUCAAUUAUUUAUUUGUAACAAGUUUUGCAUUAAUCAAAAUCUUAUUAGUAUAAAUAGAUAAUUUAUUUAUUAAAACAAAUUGUACCGGGUACAUACAAUGUAUGACUAUACUGGUACCAUAAAUGAAAUACAGGCUUUUAAAUACAAAUAUAUACAAUAAUGUACAAACUAUUAACAAAUCAUUCAAUGUAAGUAAAUAAAAAGAUUUUUAAAGAAACGACCAAAAAAUAAACAUUUGAAAGUGCAUUACAAAUGAAAUGACCUAAACCCAUGCCUUAUCAAAAGGAAGCUCAAUCAACAAAUUCAUAUAUUUAUGCCUCAUUUAAUAAUUAGGUUUAUAAAAAUUAUUGUCCUGUUGGCCAAUUUGUUUCUAGUGAGAUUCAUCUUUUAAAAAUCUUUAUAACCUUUACUUUCUUUUUUUAACAGUAAUAUAUUAUUAUUAAAAUAUAAAGAGUU